GAGAGAGCAUGCGCAGUGAGGUGCGCCUCCGGCCGCCGCUCCGGUCCCGACGGUGAGGAAGUCCACUUCGGGUGUUCGUCCAGCAUAUACGAAGAACUAGUGUCUUAACCUCUGGGGAAAAGUCUUGGUCUUUAUCCCCCUGUGGAAGAAAGCAAACAGAAGCUCCCCACGAACUUAACUUGAUAGUUGCUGAUUCUUUGCCUCAAGGAGAGAACCAAGCUGGGAGAACUGGACUGAAAGGUCAGAAGAAUUUGCUUCCACAAGACAAAUGAUCUCUCUGUGACAGACAGUGGCUCAGGUGCAACAAACAUGCAUAGAGUACAUACAUUAGCCAAACACUGCACUGGAUGCCAGGAUAUAAAGGAAAAAGUAUAUCUAAACGGAUGUUCUCACAUUUGCCUUCUUCACCCUAGAGCACCACCUUGGUGUGCUGUCUGGACCCUGGGUGCUGGAGGAGUUAAAGGUCAUGGACUUCAUCCCAAAUAACCCUAGAAAAAGCCACUUGUUAUGGAGCAAAAUGGGCCGGUGGUUCGAAUUAUCCCUCCACUGAGGAAGAAACUAUCCUGAGAAGGCUGCAUAAAGUACUUCCUGGUUGAAAGGGCUCUGGUGUGAGCGUCUUGAAUUUGAAUCCCAGCUCUGAAAUGUAUCAGUUGUGCGACCUUAAUCUUAGAAUGGGAUCUGUUGCAUCACAGAAACUUCUGGUGUGUUCAACAAGAAAGGAAAGCAGUGAAAAGAGGAGCUGUGGUCACAUGACACGAGAGCAAGUCAAGAUAUAUUCAGGGAACCACCUAGAAGUCCCUCUGCUCAGAAGGAACCAGGAUCCUGGCAGACCCUCAUCUAGAGGCUUGGGGAUGCAGUGGUGAACAAGACACAGAAAGUUCCUGCACUCAUGGAGCUGAUAUUCUGAUGGAAGACAAACAAAUGCAUAAAUAUAUACUGUAUUUUCAGUUCAUGGUGCGCUGAGUUCUUCACCUCCGUUUAGACUCAGAUCUGACCAGUUUUCAGGCGCUGCUCUUGAAGACCUCAGAAAGGCCUUCAAAAUAAGACUGCAAAUGGUGUGUGUAUUUAUCAUGAACCGAAUGAAUUCCCAGAGCAGUGGUUUCACUCAGCGCAGGCGAAUGGCUCUUGGGAUUGUUAUUCUCCUACUUGUUGAUGUGAUAUGGGUCGCAUCCUCAGAACUUACUUCGUAUGUUUUUACUCAGUACAACAAACCGUUCUUCAGCACCUUUGCAAAAACGUCUAUGUUUGUUCUGUACCUUUUGGGCUUUAUAAUUUGGAAGCCAUGGAGACAACAGUGUACAAGAGGAUUUCGAGGAAAGCAUGCUGCUUUUUUUGCAGAUGCUGAAGGUUACUUUGCUGCUUGCACAACAGAUACAACUAUGAAUAGUUCUUUGAGUGAACCUCUGUAUGUUCCUGUGAAAUUUCAUGAUCUUCCAAGUGAAAAACCUGAGAACACAAACAUUGAUACUGAAAAAUCUCCCAAAAAGUCUCGAGUAAGGUUUAGUAAUAUCAUGGAGAUUCGACAGCUUCCAUCAAGCCAUGCAUUGGAAGCUAAGUUAUCUCGCAUGUCAUAUCCUACCGUGAAAGAACAAGAAUCCUUACUCAAAACUGUGGGGAAACUUACUGCAACUCAAGUAGCAAAAAUUAGCUUUUUUUUUUGCUUUGUGUGGUUUUUGGCAAAUUUGUCAUAUCAAGAAGCACUUUCAGACACAAAAGUUGCUAUAGUUAAUAUUUUGUCCUCAACUUCUGGACUUUUUACCUUAAUCCUUGCUGCAAUGUUUCCAAGUAACAGUGGAGAUAGAUUUACUCUUUCUAAACUAUUAGCUGUAAUUUUAAGCAUCGGAGGUGUUGUGCUGGUAAACCUGUCAGGGUCUGAAAAAUCUUCUGGAAGAGACCCAAUUGGUUCCAUUUGGUCUCUUGUUGGAGCCAUGCUCUAUGCAGUCUAUAUUGUUAUGAUCAAGAGAAAAGUAGACAGAGAAGAUAAGUUGGAUAUUCCAAUGUUCUUUGGUUUUGUAGGUCUCUUUAAUCUGCUGCUCUUAUGGCCAGGUUUCUUUUUACUUCAUUAUACUGGAUUUGAGGACUUUGAGUUUCCCAAUAAAGUAGUAUUAAUGUGCAUUAUCAUUAAUGGCCUUAUUGGAACAGUGCUCUCAGAGUUCCUGUGGUUGUGGGGCUGCUUUCUUACCUCAUCACUGAUAGGCACACUUGCACUAAGCCUUACAAUACCUCUGUCCAUAAUAGCUGACAUGUGUAUGCAAAAGGUGCAGUUUUCUUGGUUAUUUUUUGCAGGCGCUAUCCCUGUAUUUUUUUCAUUUUUUAUUGUAACUCUCCUGUGCCAUUAUAAUAAUUGGGAUCCUGUGAUGGUGGGAAUCAGAAGAAUUUUUGCCUUUAUAUGCAGGAAACAUCGAAUUCAGAGGGUUUCAGAAGACAGUGAACAGUGUGAGAGUCUCAUUCCUAUGCACGGUGUUUCUCAGGAGGAUGGAGCUAGUUAGCUGUAGUCCAGCUUGAUAAUGGAACAAUAUACGGUGAAGAGGCAAUCUCUGGCAAGUUUUUGUAGAAAAAUGUUUCAGUGCCUAGUCUGAAAAAUAACAGUUUCAGUUCUUUGGAACUCUAAAACAUAUUUUCCUCUUGUCUGUUUUCUUCAUUUUCAUAAUGAAGUACUUUGCUAUGUCGCUGUGUACAUAUCACUACAGUUAUAGGAAGUUUCAGUCUACAGUCCAUCUAAAGGACCAACCUGCCUUACACAUCUCAAGGAAUUCAGCUGAUGAAAUAAUUUGAACUAAUCAAGGGAUAAAAUUUUAAUGUUCUGGAGACUUUAUUUUCACAUAUUAUUUGUUACAUGCUGGACUAUAUUAUGAAAAUGUUUUCAAGAAAUCAUUUUAAGUAUAUAGAUCGGUGUUUCUUACAGGUAAAAUGCUAAAAUAAGCUGCCUAUAAUAGGUACGGAUUAUAUUUUUGAGUUUUGUAGCAUAUUACAAAUUAACACGGAAAAUGUUUAAUUUAUGCAGCAAAUAUAUUCACACAAAUUUGGUAGGACUUUAGAAAGAAUCAAUAUUUGAGAAAAAAUCUGGUUCUCUUACACUACAUAUACUGUAUUAUCCUUUCAUAGCAUUAGGUGCCUUCUACUUUAAAUCUGUGACAAAUCAUGACAAAUUUUUAAAGGAGAAGUAUUGUAAAAUGAAGAAUUAUGUACUUCUAAAGACUGUAUUGCUGUAAAUUUAAUUGAUAAAGCUCUGCUUAUUUAGAGUUUUGAAGAAAUAUCCCCUCUUCAAUUAAACAUUUUCAUAAUGGAAUGAUGUAAAUUGAAGUGAUA